AUGGCUAACCAUGGCGAUGACGAUGACGACUUCGACUUUGGCGACGACGACCUUGACGUUGCGACACUCCAGGAGCUCUCUACCCAAGCCUUCAAUUCGCCGCAGCAGCAGAGGAGUGCGCCGGUAGCACCUCCGCCGCGAAGAUGGCAGCCUCCAGUAGUGUCGACGAGGAGUGCGCCUGUGCCCGCAGCUCACGCCGACUCCGGUGCUGCAGUGAGCAAGCCAGGACCUCCGUCCUCCGAGUACGACUUCGAUGACGAAGACGUGAUAGACCUUGAUCAAGCAGAUGUGCCCCUCCCAGCAGUGGAAGGCACAACCAUAAGGCAUCAUACAGGUCAGCCGCAGCAAGGCACGGGACAGCAGCUCCGCCAAGAGCCCUCGCUCAAUUCUCAGCAGCAUGCCUCCACUGGUCGAUCAUACCAGCUUGUUGACCGGACUGAGGCGCAGCCGAGCAGGUCUCGGUCAGUAACAGCUGCCGAACAGUCUCAACGCAGCAACGACCAGUAUACACUCGGUGAUGUCGCCUACGAAGACAACAACGUUUUCGGGGGAGAAGAGCCUCAGAACCAGAAUGGCGAACAUAUCGAUGUUAGCGCACUACGCGCGCAGAUCGAGGAGCUCGAGCGUGACCGCGAAACUCUUUUGAAAAAGGUGGAAGUUGCACGGUCCGACGCCCAAGCCAAAGCUGGCGAAAUCGCAAUCAUCCGACGGAACCAAGAUAAGGCUAAUAAAGAGCAUGAGCGACAGGUCUCUGUUCUGCAAAAGCUGCAUGCAGAAACACUGGCUAAGCGGGAGGCGGAGCUAGAGGCAGAAAAGAAGGACAGGGAGAAGGUGGAGACUAAGAACCGGUUUCUAGAGCAUGACCUGGUUCAAGAAGCUAAACGGGCAAAACAGGCUGCCCGAGCUGCAAGAGAUGGUGGUAAUGCGAGGAUGAGGGCUGCUGGACAAGGCAGUCCUGCGACGACUCCGAAGAAGGCCAGGGCCUUGCCUUUUGGAGAUGGUUUCGAUGACGAUGAUAUCGUUAUGGUGUCUCCGUCGAAGUCCCGCGAGAGGCGGAAGGGCUCAACUCCGAGGGCGGGUGAGAAGCGGAAGCGUGCUGGUACGGAACAAGGCUUCGCAAGCCCGAGUCAGUCGCUGUCUUUUAGUGAAGCAGUACCGCUCCCUGUGGAAGAGCCUACUGAAGCGCAAGGGAUCGACAACGUAGUCGAUUUUGCAGCGCACCUUAGCAAAGAAGACGAGAGGUUUGAAUUUAUCCAGAGAUUCUUCAACCACCGCCCUUACGCCGGUCAUGACAGGAUGUUUGAAGUUUUCACAAAAAUUGCCUUUCCAUCGGCACCUACGAAGACACUGUCUUCAGCUGUUCUCGAUGAACUACCAUCGCUGAGCAGGAAAAAUGCUGAAGAGUUCCCGCACGCAUUCUGUAAUCUUCUACUGUCGUUAUGGGAGCGAUGCUUGAGCGAGAGCUAUUACGCACCAAUCUAUCUCCUGAUCGAUACCCUGCAAUUCAUCCUCGCCCACGAGCCCCUAGACCUAGCCGUCACCCUCAUCUCGCAGCUUGUCCCCCUCGCCCUCCGAACCGCCGACCUCGUCGCCGUGCCCAUCGGCCGCGCGGCCAAGAACCCCUAUCCGCCAUCUUUGAAGCCCACCGAGUCUCCAGCCAAAUCCCAGAUCAGUGAGCAGAUCAAUGUGCUUGACUGUCUCUUGCUGCUCCAAACCAUCGCCAUGAGCUGCGUCCUGGACUGCGACGCAAUCACCCGCUUCUGGCAACACAUGCAAUACGACUUCAUCCUCGUCCUGCUCCUCCGAUCCCAACCGCUCCCCGAGAUUCAACUCAUGCUCGAGCUCCUCGCCACCAGUGCGCUUGAGACAACGUUCGGCGCCAUCUGGCAAUCCGACCUCUUCAACCCAGACCGCCAGGCAAAAGCGGAGAACGAGGCUCUGGAUGCAGUGACCUCCCUCCUGUUUGCGGUCCCCUUUGCGCCCACGAACGCCGAGCCGUGGACGCCGACCGAGCUGAUGAAUCUGAGGCUCGAGGCGCUGGGCGUCCUCGCUGCACUGUGUCGCACGGAACACGGGUCCAGCCUCCUCAGAAAGAACCGCAACGCCAUCGGCCUCCUGGUCCGGUUCCUAAACGACAUGAUCGACGCACUAUACGCGUUCCACCCCGCCCUCCACACGCUACAAUCCCGCGCCGUGAACAGAAGCAUGCGGAUCCUGCAUCACCUCCUCACUCCCUCCCCCUCCUCCAACAACAAAGACAAAACCGCCGAUCCCCCCUCCCAGUCACCGCGCCUGCUCGAGCGCGCGGAGAUCCAGCAGAAACUGCGCGUGGUGCCGGGCGGGAACCAUAAGUUCCUGGUCGCGCUGACGAGGCUGGCGUUUAGUGAGCCGUAUGUCCUCGAGGCGGGGAUCGAGGAUGUCGUCAUGGAUAUGGCACAUCAGAUUCUCGAUGAGUUGCUCAGUCCGGAGGAGGGGGAAGCGUUGAUGAAUGUUUACUCAAGCUCGAGGAGUGGGGUCGAGGGAUAG